UUUUUAAAUGCGCCGCAAAAGUUUUACUCUUAACCGUAAAGAUAACUUUUCUGCUAGUCCUAAGCCACAGAAUAUAUACUCUUGCCUAAGCCUAGAUUUAAAGCAUAAAGGAAAAUCGCGCAGAUCUACGAGUAUGCUUCGUACAAAUAAUUGUUUGUGAUUGUCGUUAGCUAACAAAACCAAAUCAUAACACAAACUAGUGAAUUGGCUAAGUUCGGCACAUCUGAAAUCGGAUAUCUAAAAACGGAUUUUAAAAUCGAUUUCGAAAUCUGAAAUCCGAUAAAUAUCCGUUUGCGUUCAAAACCAAAAACGCCCAUGUCUAGCCUAUGUCCAGCAGUGGACUAGGAUAGGCUGUUGAUGAUGAUGAUGAUGACGUAAAUGGAGAAAAGACUUCAAAAAAGUGCAAAAAAAUAACUUAUUAUCUAUUGUCAUGGGAUGAUGGCCAUCCUGUAUAUUUAUAAGGAUUAAUAUUGAAUAUAUUUUUUAUAUUAAAAAUAAAGUGUUAAUGGCUGUACAUGAAUUUUUCAGUUUUAUUUCCGGCAUUCUAAAACAAAAACAUUUAAAAAUUCAAAGAUGAUUUUGAUAUUUAUUCAUUAUGAAAUCUGUACAAUAAAGGAAUAAAACAAUACAGGAAGCCAUAGGUAGUUUUCUUUACGAAAGCGAGACAAGCGCGAUGCGACGUUGCGCUGUUCAUGUAGUGGAAGUUAGUCCUUCCUUGAUAAAGUCGAGAUGAAUUGUGUGAGAAGUUGCGAAUAGUCGUUCGACCUCGGUACAAUCUCGUGGCUUGCUGUCGUUCAUCGCUUCCCCACACGCGCAGUGUCUCAUUACACUCUGCACGAGUUAUAUAUCGGCGUGCUGCGGUGAUAAUACAGAAUCUUAUCUUCCAAACAAAAUAUGGAGGAAUUUGAAAGAAUCGUACCAAAAGAUGCGCAGAAGCAACUGGUGUUUUUCGUUAACGGAAAAAAGGUAGUGGAACAAAGUCCAGAUCCAGAAUGGACUCUGCUCUGGUAUUUAAGGAGGAAGCUACACCUUACUGGUACCAAGUACGGGUGUGGAGAGGGUGGGUGCGGUGCGUGCACAGUCAUGAUAUCACAAUAUCUGAAAGACCGAGAAGAAAUCAGGCACAUAGCGGUAAACGCCUGCUUGACUCCAGUGUGUGCGAUGCAUGGUCUAGCUGUAACCACAGUGGAAGGCAUUGGUACAACUCAAGAAAGAUUACAUCCUGUUCAAGAGAGAAUAGCUAAAUCCCAUGGCUCGCAGUGUGGUUUCUGUACACCAGGAAUUGUAAUGUCGAUGUAUACUUUAUUGCGAAAUAAGAGGACGAUUGAAUAUAUGGAUAUGGAAACUGCACUGCAAGGCAAUCUUUGCAGAUGCACUGGAUAUCGGCCCAUAAUAGAGGGAUUCAAAACGUUUAUGGAAGGAUGGGAAAGGCACUAUGUCAGAGACGAUUCAGGGUCAUCGUGUGCUAUGGGCGAAUAUUGCUGUCGCUUAAAAGAAACAAAAAACGAUAGCAGUUUAGUAAACCAAUCAACAUUUGUCCCGUACGAUCCGACACAAGAACCAAUAUUUCCGCCUGAACUUACAAUCUAUGAUCGAAGUAAGGAAUACCUUUAUUUCAAAGGUGAAAGUGUAAUAUGGAUCAGACCAUCAACAUUAAGAGACCUUAUUUUACUAAAAAAUAUAUAUCCACAUGGUAAAAUCGUCGUUGGUAACACAGAAAUAGGUGUUGAAAUUAAAUUUAAAAACAAAUGCUACAAAGUAUUAAUUUCACCAGCUAGUGUAGAAGAAAUGAAUUUUUGUAUAACGUCGGAUAGUGGAGUAGUUGUUGGUGCUAAUUCUACAUUAAGUGAACUACAAAUAUUUUUAGAAAACAUCUGUAUAGAAAGACCUAUAGAAAGUAAGGUAUUUGAUGCUAUAAAAGAAAUGCUUCAUUGGUUUGCGGGUAAUCAAGUUCGAAAUGUCGCUUCACUGGUGGGUAAUAUUAUAACCGCUAGUCCCAUAUCAGAUUUAAAUCCCAUAUUGAUGGCAGCAAAGGCGAAACUCAAUGUGUGUAGUUUAAAAAGAGGUAACAGGAAAAUAAGCAUUGACGAGAAUUUUUUCACUCGAUACAGGCAGACAAUUGUGGAAGAUGAUGAAGUUGUUAUAUCAGUCGAAAUUCCUUAUACAUCGGCUAAACAAUAUUUUAAAGCGUACAAACAAGCAAGGAGAAGAGAUGACGAUAUUUCCAUAGUGACAGCUUCAUUUAAUGUUACUUUCGCUCGCGACGUGGUUUCCAAUGCUAGAUUGUGUUUUGGUGGAAUGGCACCAACUACAAUAGUUGCAAAAAAAUCAUCCGAAAUACUUAAAAAUCAAAUAUGGAAUGAAAAUAUGCUGAAUAAGUUGCUUAGUUCCUUAACAGAAGAAAUGCAUUUAGAUAUUUCAGUACCUGGUGGUAUGGCUGAUUAUAGAAAAUCGUUAUGUCUUAGUUUUUUUUAUAGAUUUUAUUUGCAUGUUUUGGAAAUAAUAUCUAAUACAACUGGUAAUAUUUUACCCCCUCGUCUAUUGAGUGCUGUAAAUGAAAUCCCUAACAUAAUUUCAAACGGUUCACAAUAUUUUGAAAUCAAGGACAGAAAGUCUGAUCGUGAUACAUUGGGAAAACCGAUACCACACGUAUCAGCUCUGAAGCAAGCUACUGGAGAAGCUCUGUACUGCGAUGAUAUGCCUAUUCAAGAAGGUGAACUGUAUUUAUGCUUGGUGUUUAGUACAGAAUCAUUUGCAAAGAUAAAAUGCAUAGAUGCUAGCAACGCUUUGGCAGUACCUGGUGUAAAAGGAUUUUUUUCCGCUGCGGACUUAGACCAAGAAUGUAAUAAAAUGGGACCAAUAAUAAAAGACGAGGAAAUAUUUUCUAAAGAUAUAGUAACAAGUCGCGCUUGUGUUAUUGGAGCUAUAGUAGCAAUAUCUGAAAGUAUUGCAAGAAAAGCUAAGAAUAUGGUUAAAGUAAGCUAUGAACGAUUAGAGCCUGUAAUAAUAACAAUAGAAGAUGCUAUAGAACAUCAAUCAUAUUUUCCCGGCUAUCCCCGGGUUUUAAAAAAAGGAGACGUAGAAAAAGCUUUUGCUCAGUCUUAUAAUAUUGUGGACGGAGUAGUUAGAAAUAGUGCACAGGAACAUUUUUAUUUAGAAACAAUUUCGGCCUACGCUGUUAGAAAAGAAGACGAAUUAGAAAUUAUUGCAACGACUCAAAAUCCUGCAGAUAUUGCGCAUAUUGCGUCUGAAGUACUUCGAAUACCAAAUCACAAAAUCAUAUCAAAAGUAAAAAGAAUUGGUGGAGGUUUCGGCGGUAAGGAAACUAGAGCAGCUAUACUGGCAUUACCCGUAGCAAUAGCGGCUUAUAGAUUGAAGAAACCAGUACGAGCUGUUUUAGACCGGGAUGAAGAUAUGCAAGUUGCUGGUUAUCGACAUCCUUGUUUGACUAAAUAUAGAGCUGCAUUUGACGUCGAAGGCAAAAUAUCUGGUGCUGUAUUUGAUAUUUAUAGUAAUGCAGGGAAUUCCAUGGACAUAUCUUGCUCAAUGAUCGAAAGGGCAGUAAUGCAUAUGGAUAAUUGCUAUUUUAUUCCUAAUAUUCAUGUGAAUGGAUAUCUUUGUAAAACUAAUUUGACAUCUAAUACAGCCUUCAGAGGUUUUGGGGCACCCAAAGCAAUGCUAGCUGCGGAGUGUAUGAUACGAGACAUUGCUCAAGCUUUGAAUAAAAACUACGAAGAAAUAAUAGAAAUCAAUCUUUAUAAGGAAGGACAUAUGACUCAUUUCAAUCAGGAACUUACAUAUUGUACUCUGACGAGGUGUUGGAAUGAAUGUAUCGAAACUUCGAAAUAUUGGAAGAGGAAGAGUGACGUCAAAGAGUAUAAUAGGUAUAACAGGUGGAAGAAAAAAGGCAUUUCGUUAGUUCCCACAAAAUAUGGCAUAUCUUUUCAAACUGAUUUCUUGAUGCAAGCUGGAGCUUUGUUGCAUGUGUACAAUGAUGGUUCAGUGCUGUUGUCCAUAGGUGGUGUGGAAAUGGGUCAAGGACUUUUCACAAAGAUGAUUCAAGUUGCUUCAAGAGUAUUAGACAUAGAUAUUAAUAAAAUACACAUAAGCGAAAUGUCUACAGAUAAGGUUCCUAAUAGUUCUCCAACAGCUGCUAGUAUAAGUUCAGAUAUUUACGGUAUGGCAGUUGUUAAUGCUUGUAACGUUUUAAAAGAAAGAUUGGAGCCAUUCAAAAAUAAGAACCCUUCUGGAUCUUGGGAAGAUUGGGUCAAUGCAGCGUACUUUGACAGAACGCAAUUAUCCGCGACAGGGUUCUAUGCUGCACCAAAAAUAGAAUACGAUUCAAAGACUAAUUCAGGAAAUUUAUACGAGUACUUCACAUAUGGGGUGGCGUGUUCUGAAGUAUUAAUAGAUUGUUUGACUGGUGAUCAUCAAGUCUUGAGGACUGAUAUAGUGAUGGAUCUUGGGGAAAGCUUGAACCCCGCCAUUGAUAUAGGUCAAAUCGAAGGAGCUUUUAUGCAAGGAUAUGGUUUUUGUACAAUGGAGGAAAUGGUGUUUUCGCCUAGCGGCGAAGCGCUUUCGCGAGGCCCUGGAACAUAUAAGGUACCUGGAUUCUCAGAUAUACCUAAGGAGUUCAAUGUAUCUUUAUUAAAAGGUGCACCGAAUCCAAGAGCUGUUUAUUCGUCUAAGGCUGUAGGUGAACCUCCACUUUUCUUAGCAGCCUCUGUAUUCUUCGCUAUAAAGGAGGCAAUAAAUUCUGCUCGUUUGGACAGCUGCGCAUCUCCACUGUUGCGGCUGGAUGUGCCCGCCACAUGUGCGCGCAUACGAAUGGCGUGCGAGGAUCAAAUCACAGCACAGGUUGUGCCAACGAUAACUCAUAAUGAUAAACCAUGGAAUGUUAUUCCAUAAUAUAUAUUUUACUAGUUGGCAAUUUGGUAUACCAGCUUACAUGUGUUCGGAUUGCACUAACAAACGUACACCUUAGCGGGAAGAAGCUGAAAAUAAAAUGGAAAUAAAGCCUUCUUCUAAUUUAAAACGUUUUAGGUAAACUAAGAAAAACUUUUGGGUUAAAUACAUAUUUUGUUAAUUAUCCUUUUAAUUUUAUUAAAUAAAUCAUUUUCUUUUCAUAUAAA